UGGAUGCGUUAAAUAGAAGACUUGUCAACAGUCAAUUCCCCCAAAACGAACCGCACGAAUUUCAAAAUGUCCCGCCCUCUAUGACCACUUCCGGUUUGAAUCCAUCAUUUCCUGUAUGACGAAAACUUCUUUCCUCGAUUUAUAGUCGAUUUAUAGAGGGUUUUAUUCAUUGAUUUAAUUCGAGCUAAGCGCUACAUGUAUUCUUGUUUUAAUGCUGUUGAGUUAACAUUACUGCACUAACCGAAAUAAGCAGCGAACGGCAGCGAGAGACAGCGGACAAAAAAAACAAAUUGAAAUAGCUCACUGCGCAUGCGUGGAGGCGGCUAAAUUCAAACCGGAGACGUUAGCAUCGAGGCUCGUUGACGUUAGCUGCAGCUCAAUCGCAUUAAAGUCAUGAAAGCUGUUUCGCGUUAGUUAGGAAGUAAUAACUCAACAGUAUCCAGUGAAGAGCCGAGGAGUUAGUUCAUAACAACUGCAAGUUGAAAAUGGAGCCUCUGGAUCCUGCCAAGACUGAUGAAGGCAGUGGAUCCUCCAAGCGACGCAUUUCUUCGAUUUUAAAAGCACCACGGAGAUCAGUCAGAUUUCCUGAGCCACAGCCACAGGAACAUGUGGUGGAGUGUGCCAAACCGGUGGAAAAGAGGAAUUCAAGAAGAGUCAGUUUUGCCCCUGCCAACGAUGUUCUUCUGUUCUCAAAGGAUGUAAAAAAUGCCUCUCCUGCCAGAAGUCCUUUACAAGACUUAACAGCAACAACAGUGACAGAUGCACAAAAUAGGGUCCAGACUGUGGUCACUGAAGAUGGGAUUCAACAAAUUAUGGGAAUGGAAACCCUGUUGAAUGCUCCUCUACAUGCCUCUCAACAAAGGGAUAAGGCCGACUUUGCUACUGGGGAUGACUUAGGGGAGAAAACAGUGAUGUUCUCGACAGAUGAUGCAUUCAUGGACAUGACCCACUGUCACACAAUAAACAUCGCAAAUGAUGCAGAUUUAGUUGCAGACAUUUCCCUCCAAAACUAUGACUCUUUACCCACUAGAGGAAAGAAAACAGUGAAGCUCACUGCCAAUGAUGGAGCCAAGGGUAUGACCCUAAGUCAUAACGUGAACAUUGGGUCAGUAUCAGUUCCCACUAGCAGAAAUAUCGAUUUAGGAGUAGAGAAGAAAAAUGUAUCGUCAUCAGCAGCUACUUUGGAUCCUGGAUUUGAAAACUUCCUUGCAAGCCUCUCUAAACCAAGUGACGCCAGCGCUAAUCCUGUGAUCACCAGGAUGACGCCUGCUGCAUCGUCUGAAAGAUCAAACUGCUCCAUGGCCCAGAUUAAACCACAAAGGGCUGAUGUGGAUAAAGAAAAUCAGGCUCCAACUUCUGCUGCAGCUCUGAUGGAGAAGUCACUAAGUACAUCCAGGAAGAUUGGUGAAUUACCUUAUGGAAGUGCACUCUGUCCUGAAGAUGAUUUAAGCAUGGAUAUGACUGAAGCUCAGACAGGUCGCAUUCUGGGAUUCACCGAUGACGAUGAUCCCUUUCAGUGUCUUUUCCCCACGCAAGAAAUGUACUCCGACCUUGACAACAGAGUGUCACUGACAAAAGAGAAGACCAAACAGCAGCAGAUCAGUAAACCACAGGCGUCAUUCACCCCUAAAGAUAUGACAUCUUUGAAGAAUCCAUCUCUACAUGAUUUGAAUCAAAGACACAAGGCCAACCUGGAUAAAGCAGACAAAUGCAGUGAGAAAACGAUAAUGUUCACUGCAGGUGAUGAGUUUAUGGAUAUGACUCAGAGUCACACGGUAAACAUUGCCAGUGGUUCAUUAGCUCCUUCAAACAAAAACAUGGACCUUUUUCUCACUCGUGGAAAAAUGGACAAUACUUCAUCCCUGGAGGAGAGAAAACCCGGUGCCCACAGUGGUAGUCCUGCAAUUGCAAGAAUGGUACCUUCUACGGCAGCAUCCUCUAGGGAAACUGUUGACACAAACCGCUCCCUGUCCCAGCUGAAAAGUAAUGUUGGCAAAGAAAAUCAGUCACUAAAUACAAGCAGGGUUUCUGGAGAAUCUUUUAAUGGAGGUACAAUCUGUCCUGAAAAUGAUGUGAGCAUGGAUAUGACUGAAGCUCAGACAGGUCGCAUUAUAGGACUUACUGGCUCAGAUGAUCCUUUCCAGUUUCUUUUUCCCACACAAGACAUGUACCCCCCGAGUGGAAGUCUGAAGAAACAAGAGGUGACUUCAGAACAGAAGAACAACAAAGGGCUGGGAUCAUCUAAUCACACAGGUAUGGAAAACUCACCGAAGACAAGGGUGCAAAGAAAUCCGGUCAAAUAUGAUACUGAGGAAGACUUCAGAGAUAAAACAGUGAGGUUUACUGCUGAUGAUGCCUGUAUGGAGGUUACACGGAGUCACACUGUAAACAUUGCCACUGAUUUCGAAUUGCAAUCGCUCCAAAAUUCUUACUUAUUACCCACAAGCGGAGAGAAAACCGUGAGGUUCACUGCAGAUGGUGCAGCUAUGGAUAUGACCCAGUGCCUCACUGUAAAUAUUGCAAGUACUUUAGUAUCAGAUUCACUUCUCCCUGUAAAGAAACAAGAUGCUGAGACAUGUGAUCUGCCUAGAAACAGAUCAGCACACCGUUUGAAUCCAAGCUUUGGUGCAAGCCUCUCAAAAACAAGUGGCCCCAGUGGUAAUCCAGUGAUCACAAAAAUGAUGCCUACAGCUGCCCAAUCCUCUACCAUUGGAGACUCAUGGAAUGGAGGGACAAUCUGUCCAGAAGAUGAUGUGAGCAUGGACAUGACUGAAGCUCAAACAGGCCGGAUUUUAGGAAUCACAGGUACAGAUGAUCCUCUUCAGUGUCUUUUCCCCACACAAGACAUGUACCCCCAAAGUGGUAACUUGAAGAAAGCAGAGAUGACUUCACAACAGCAGCACAAUGAAGCACUGGAAUCAUCUAACCGCAAAGGUAUGGAUACCUCAUUGACUGCUUCUUUAAAGACGAAGGUGCAAAAGCAUCAGGUCAAGUUUGAAGCUGAAGACGACUGCAGAGAGAAAACAGUGAGGUUUACUGCUGAUGAUGCCUGUAUGGAUGUGACAAAAAGUCACACUGUAAACAUUGCCACUGAUUUACAACUGCAGUCUCACCAAAAUCUGGACUUUUUACCUGCUUGUGGAGAGAAAACUGUGAGGUUCAAUGCAACAGAUGCCUGUAUGGAUGUGACAAAAAGUCACACUGUAAACAUUGCAACAGAUUUGCAACUGCAGUCUCACCAAAAUGUGGACUUUUUACCUGCUUGCGGAGAGAAAACAGUGAGGUUUACUGCAACAGAUGCAGCUAUGGAUGUGACAAAAAGUCACACUGUGAACAUUGCAACAGAUUUGCAACUGGAGUCUCACCAAAAUGUGGACUUUUUACCUGCUUGUGGAGAGAAAACAGUGAGGUUUACUGCAACAGAUGCAGCUAUGGAUGUGACAAGAAGUCACACUGUAAAUAUUGCCACCGAUUUCGAACCACAGUCUCACCAAAAUGUAGAAUAUUUAGCUGGUUGUGGAGAGAAAACGUUGAGGUUCACUGCAACUGAUGCAGGUAUGGAUGUGACCCAGUGCCUCACUGUAAAUAUUGCCCAAAAUUCAGCAUCAGAGUCACUUCUUCCACACCGAGAUUCUGACAUAUCCACCCAUGAAAACAUAAAUUUUCCAGCGGAGAUGACACAUCUUCAGCGUAGAAACCGAUCUUCAUCAGCGCACACUUUGGAUCCAGGAUUUAAAAACUCCCUAUCUAGGAAAAGUGGCCCCUGGGCUUAUCCUGUGAUCACCAGAGCAGUGGCUCCUGCAGCACUGUCCCCUCACUUCCUGAACCCAGUUAAAACAAAGAGGCCAGGUGUGGAUACUGAAAAGGAAGCUCAAGCUUUUGUUUCCGCUGCCGAAAAGAAGCCAAUAAAUACAACCACGGUGGAAAGUCCGGAGGACAAUGUGAGCAUGGAUAUGACUGAAGCUCAGACGGGUUGUAUUUUGGGACAAACAGAUGAGCCGCCUCAAUGCCUUUCUUCAACACAGGACUUAUGCCGCAAUUCUGACCAUUUGGAUAACACCGGGGUCACUACACAAUUAAGCAGUGAAGAACUGGGAUCAUCCAACGAUGGUGGCGUGGAAAUCACAACCCCUCCUGAUUCUCUUCACUCGAAUGAAACUGGCACCAGGUGCGAACCAAGAAAUCAAACUGGUACUUUAUCGCAGAAGAUGGAGAAUUCACCCAGUGCUCGUGUCGACCAUGAUGUUGGUACAGCGCCUUCACGGAAGUCUAGCCGAAUGAGUUUGGCUGAUCUUCAAUCAAAAGUAAGACGUUUGAGCCACAUAAUGAACACAGCUCCUGCCAUGGACGCCUGCACAGCACCUUUGCCUGGACUAGAACCCGACAUUGACAAAAACUCAAAAGACAGAACUAAAUGCCCACCUGUAACGGAGCCUGAACUUGAAAUGGGUUAUGUAAACACAGAAGAAAAUACACAAGCUCAAAGUCUUAUGCAAGGAGAACAAUCCUUUACUACUACAACAACAACUCCUUUCAACCUGAAGACUAAACAACUCAUGUCAAGGCUCUCAAUGGGAAGCUUUAAGGCGAAACUCCCCCAAAGAGGCAAACCUGAAGACCCAAAGAAGCAGAAUUCUGUGGGAGAACCUACAAGGACAGUCACCGUCAACGUUACGAAUAAACUGAGCAACUUUGACAAUGAUUUGAGCAAUAUCUAUGACGAAGAGCUUGGAAGCUUUGAAGAUAUGUCAGAAACACUGGACAUGAGUCCUCAGAGAGCCACUGAAAAAGUGAGUACUUCUCAUGGGUUCCACGAGGAUGAGCUUAUAGAGGAAGAAUUUUUUGAACAGGACUUUAUUAGUUCUGUCAAUGGGAAAAAGAGACCUUUGCCAGUAGAUGAAAACAACAUGGAGGAUGAAAAAAGAAUGAAAACAUUCACUGAGGCGACCACUGACGUUGAAACGUCUCAUGUUGUGGAGGGUGACGGUAACAUUACUACAGCUCCAACCAUGACUGCACAGACCACAGAUUACUCCAACAGCAGUCACACAGCCAGCACCAGGUGUGAAGCUACAUUUGAAUCAACUUUCAAACAAAGCCUGUUUGAAUCCCAGCUUGAAGACUACACCAAUGAUGUACAGAAGAAACUCGAUGAUGGCACCAUUACAGUGUUGGAGUUCUUUAAACUCUUCAACAUAGACUUUGUCAUCCAUAAUCCACGGCAAAGCAUCCUUCAUGCGAGACUUUUGUCAGACACAGAUCGCACACCGAUGGAUUUAUUGAAAGAAAGACACAUCGACCGUCCUAAACAGAUGGUGUACGAGACCGACGUCCUCAACCUCACAGAAAAGGUGGAGGGGUUGAAGGAGCGAAUGCGGGACUUGGACAAACCACUGAAGAUUGUUAAUAGACCGCUGUGGGAAGAAGUGAGAAAUUCUUCAGAGAAAGAGCUCAAAUCUUUUGGCGCCAAACUGAAAGAGAGAAAUAACCUCUUCCGAAAGUUGAGCAAAGUUCAGUCCCAUGAAAUGAAGGAGGUGUUGUACUCAAAUCUUGUGCAGGCUAAUCUGGAGGAGCAGCAAAGGUCGAGAGGAACGAUUGAGGAAGCAGAUGAGAUGCUAAAAAGUUUGGAUGACUGUAUUCAGGAAUUAGAAACCGAACUUGCUGCAGUUGAAGAAAAUGGCUUCGAAGACAAACCAAGUCUGAAAUCACGUCAGGAAGAAAUGCAGAAAGUUACUGAGGCUUUGGCAGAUAAUGACCGACAAAUAUCCGAACUGGAGAUGCAGAAUAAGCAGAGUUCAAAUAAACUGAACAGGCUGAAAGCUGAGACCAGGAACCUUGAGAGCCACGUCAACGUUCUGCAUAUGUUGAAUGAAUGGAAGUUUGCAAAGAAGACCGACAACUGCACCACCUACACUUUCCUUCAUGAGACCUUUCAUCUAGAGCUGGUUUAUGAAAAAUCCAGUGGAAAUGAUGCUGGUGAUCAGUCUGAGAGGAAAAUAUCACAUAUCGCAUUCAAACUUCAACUUGAUGAUGAGAAGUCACAGGGCCAUGCCUGCCUCGUUCACAAACUGCUCUCUGAGUACUUCGAGCGGGAAAGUGACUGGGUGGAGAAGUAUCCAACCAGCAGACAUGUUCCAAAGCUGCUCCAUGAUGUUAGUCUGGCGGUGAGUCGCUGUCGUCUGCUGGGAGAAGAGUUGCGCCUGCUGAAAAUGUGGGGCGGUCUAAGGCUUGAUAUUCUCAACAUCAACUGUGUGGACACUCAGGUGCACAUUGUGUUCAGCCGUCUCAAGACAUUUUCCAAGUUUGAAGUGAUCUUCUCUGUCAGUUUGAUCGACCACCUCUGUGUCCUUAAAGUGCAGAGCUUCAAAAACAUGAUCGGAAACACAACGAUCCAGCAGAUUGAGGAGAUUGUGGCGUCGUUCAGUCCAACCAAGAACCUCCUGACGAAAAUUGUCAAGAAGAUUCAUGAUCAUCUGCUCUGUUGAGACCAGGAAUUUUUAUUCCAAUUGUUUUCUAAUCAAACUCUUUUGUACAGUAUGGAUGUUGACAAAUUUAAACUUUAAAAUGUAUUAUCUGGCUUUAAAAAAGAAAAGGGCUAAAAAUUGAAACAGCUUCAUUUCUUAUUUGAGGUUAUUCAAGUUAUGUGUAGUUGUGUUAGCUAUGUCAUCCAGCUAGAACAUUUGGUUCGAUUUAUAUUUGUUCAGUGAUUAUGUGAACCAUUUAACAGAUUAAACACAGUCGUCGUUCUCUGGUCUGGUGUGAAGACAGUUUCCAGAGUCUCUUCCAGACGGUGAACAUGAACCCAGCUUACAGUACCUUGUUUUGCCUAUAGUGUUUAGCUUACAAAUAUAUGUCACAUUUAGCCUAACCUUUGUACAGUACUGAACAUAUGUAAAUAGAUUUCACUAUAUUUUGCUUGUAAAACUGUAACGACAGUUCCUCUUUUAAUUUUUGAAAAAAAAAAUCUAUGUACUUUUGUCAUUAGAUCGUUGUUGU